ACUCGCCAUUCGCGCUCAUCAUUGUACUUACGAGAAUUCACGCGAAGAAAAUGUUUGGCUUAACUAUGUUUCACUUUCUUCUUUCGUCAUUGCUGCUAUGCAGCUUCUUACAGUUGCAGCAACCUGCAUAUGCCAUUAAAAAGUCGUACGUUGUAUACUUGGGAUCACAUUCCCAUGGUCCAAAACCAUCCUCUGCUGACAUGGACUUUGCCACAAGUUCCCAUUAUGAUUUUCUUGCCUCUGUCUUAGGAAGUCAUGAGAGGGCCAAAGAAGCCAUGUUUUACUCUUACAACAAACACAUCAAUGGCUUCGCUGCAUUACUCGAAGAUCAAGAAGCCCAAGAGCUCAAAAAAAAUCCAAAAGUGGUGUCAGUGUUCUUGAGCCAAUCACAUAAGCUGUACACAACAAGGUCAUGGGGCUUCCUGGGACAAGAAAGAAAUGGAAGAGUGAGACCAGACUCUGCUUGGGUCAAAGGAAGAUUUGGUCAAAAUGUGAUUAUCGGCAGCAUUGAUACCGGUGUUUGGCCGGAAUCCAAAAGCUUCCGAGAUGAUGGGUACGGCCCCAUUCCAAAUAAGUGGAGAGGAGGGUCAAAAUGCGAGCUGUACAGUUUGUCAGGCCGAUCUACCACAACUCUUUGCAACAGGAAGCUCAUUGCAGCAAAAACCUUCUAUCAGGGCUUCGAGAUAAAACACGGAAGCCUGGGCCCCACAAGUGGUAUUAGUGCUCGUGACAUGGUGGGACACGGCACACAUACGCUGUCAACCGCCGGCGGCAACUUCGUUCGAAACGUGAGUGUUCUCAAUAAUGGGAAUGGCACUGCCAAGGGAGGAUCUCCGAGAGCUCGUCUUGCAGUGUACAAAGUCUGCUGGGGUCCUCAUAGUUCUGAAGACUGCACUGAUGAAGAUUUGCUCGCUGCUUUUGACCAAGCUAUCAACGAUCGCGUUGAUGUGCUCUCUGUUUCAAUCGGUAGGAAUGCUGUCCCAGAUAUUAAUGGCAUGUUGACCAAUGGGAUCGCUAUAGGAUCCUUCCAUGCGAUUUCCAGGGGAAUAAUAGUCGUUGCCGCCGCUGGUAACUCGGGACCAGAACUUCAGACUGUGUCUAACGUGGCGCCUUGGAUCUUCACUGUUGCUUCUGGCUCCAUAGACAGGGACUUCAGCAAUAAUAUUACUCUUGGCAAUGGCCAGCGCAUAAAGGGAACAAGUCUGGCCUCAAACUCGACAUCUCAGAGGUUAAUUCCUGUUGUCAUUGCCGGCAAUGUCAGGCUUCGUAGUGCGACAUUUGAAGACGCCCAGCUUUGUAGACCAGGAACACUCGAUCCUACAAAAGUAAGAGGCCGCAUAUUGAUAUGCCAAAGAGGAAGAACUCUAAGGCCUGUGGACAAGGGCGCGGAAGCAAAGCGUGCAGGCGCAUUGAAAAUGAUUCUGCAAAAUGAUAAUGAAUUAAAUACAGCUACAGCUGAUGCUCAAGUUUUGGAUACUUCCAAUAUUGCUCCUAAGAAAACCAGCAAUAAUACUUCCUGGGACUAUUUCAGCAAAAACAAGAACCCACUUGCAUUCUUGGACAACGCAAAAACAAUUAUACCAAAAAGGCCAGCUCCAAAAGUUUCUGCAUUCUCAUCCAGGGGACCCAACUUGGUUCUCCCAUCAAUCCUCAAGCCGGAUGUAACUGCACCGGGUCAGGAUAUAAUUGCUGCUUAUUCAUCUGCUGCGAGCCCCACCAACCUGGAUUCAGAUGUAGGACGUCACUUUGACUAUAACGUUCUGUCCGGAACUUCCAUGGCAUGCCCUCAUGUUACUGGCAUUGUUGGUCUUCUUAAAACUCGUCACCCUAGUUGGAGUCCCGCAAUGAUCAAGUCAGCAAUCAUGACCACAGCAAGCAUACUGGAUAACACCAAUGCACAGAUUCGGGACGAGCAAGAUGAUAAAGUAGCAACUCCAUUCCAUUAUGGUACAGGAUUCGUCAAACCCAACCAGGCAAUAGACCCUGGACUUGUUUAUGAUCUCAAGGUUUCUGAUUAUCUCAACUUGUUAUGUGCCUCUGCUUAUGAGGAAAGACUAGUGGAAGCCAUUAACUAUAACAGGCCAUACAAAUGUCCGAGAUCUUACAGACUGGAAGAUUUCAACUACCCUUCUAUCACAUUGCCUUUUAUGGGUGUGAAACCUGUAAAUGUUACUCGUACUGUAACAAAUGUUGGACCUCCAAGCACGUAUACUGUAAAUGUCAAAGCCCCGCCAGGAGUUAAGGUGGUUGUUCUUCCGAAAACUUUAAAGUUUCAGAGAACAAACCAGAAGAAGAGCUAUCUGGUGAUUUUGCAGGCAACAAGUUCAGCCAAAACUUCAGAUCAGCCUUCAUUUGGGGAGCUGACGUGGACAGAUGGCAAGCACAAAGUGAGAAGUCCUAUAGUAAUCCCGCAAUACGAGAAAAUGGCUAUGUAGAUUAAUUUCAAUGUUGUGCUAAUCCAGUGUUUUGAAAAGAGUAGUGUGAGGCAGUGUUAUUAGCUAUUGGUGUGUGCUCAGAUGUGUGGGUUUAGUAAUGAUCUUUCGUCAUUUAUCAUAAUAAAGCUAUGGGUCUACUCAGUAGGUCCUCUCACAACUUUCUCAGCUUCAAA